AGAUAGUUUAUUGAAAUCUACCUUUCUUAGAAGACACGUACUCCUAUUCUGUAUUCUUGAUCGUGCAGGUUUCUAUCCACAUCUUCCAUCUACAAAAUGGUUGAAAUAGGUGCUGCCGAGGCCACCGAGGCCAUGAUGCCCGACGAAGCCGGCUCGCAACGAAAUCGAAACAAGAUGGGAUUUGUUGAAUGUACCAGUUAUGUAGUAGGUAACAUAAUUGGAUCGGGAAUAUUCAUUACACCAACGACAAUACUUAGCUAUACGCAAUCCGCAGGACUUUCACUGAUUGUAUGGGUAGGAUGUGGCCUCAUAUCAUUGCUAGGUGCUAUCUGUUACAUCGAACUGGGUACCUCUAUACUGGAACCUGGAUGUGAUUUUGCUUACACCGUUUAUGUUGGGUGGGAAGCUAUCGCCUUUGCUUUCAUGUGGGUAUCGGUCUUUAUUACAUAUCCCGCUUCAGCUGCCGUACAAGCGUUGACAUUUGGACAAUAUAUUGUUAACGGUAUAUCCCCGGCAUUGGCGAUUGGGUCGCCAUGGCAUGAAAUUACGGAACGUAUUCUGGGUUAUUCCAUUGUUGUUAUUUUGACAUUCCUGAAUUUUUACGCCAUUGAUCGUUUUGCUGCAAGAUUUCAAGUCGUUGUCACUACGGCAAAAAUGCUUGCUAUGGGCAUCAUCAUUGCUACGGGAUUUUAUUACCUCAUUUUCAAGGGUUGGACGCAAAAUCUAGAAAAUAUGAUGGAAGGUAGCGUUUAUGCGCCGGGUAAACUUACAUUAGCCUUUUAUGGAGGUCUCUGGAGCUAUGCUGGAUGGGAUAUACUCAACUAUGGUACGCCUGAGAUUGAAAAGCCGAGGAGGACAAUGCCGUUAUCACUCAUUUCCGGCAUAUUAAUAGUAUGUGCUACUUACGUUGCCAUCAACGUUUCAUAUUUCGUUGUUCUAUCUCCGGCGGAAGUGUUGAACAGCACGGCAGUAGCUGCGGACUUUGCACAAAAAGCACUGGGUAAUUUUUCCUAUGCUAUUCCUUUUAUGGUUGCUAUACUUUUGGUGGGCACUCUGAACAGCAAUAUUUUCUGCGGUUCAAGAUUCAUGUACGCUGCAGCUCGCGAACGUCACCUACCAACAUGCAUUAGCUGUGUGAAUGAGGCUUCAAACAGUCCAAGAGCGGCUCUGCUGGGUCAGCUCAUCUGCACAUUUAUCGUAUCUUUUGUCCAUAUCGACACUUUGAUCAAUUAUGUGACUUUCGUGAUGUGGGCCCAAAAGGUAGUCACGGUAGUGGCAUUACUUUAUUUACGGUAUGCGAAGUUACCUGUCGCUGAAGGUGCAAUCAAGAUACCAAUCGUUUUGUCGGUUAUAUUUUUGGUGUUAAGCGUGGUUCUUGUUGUUGUUCCAUUCGUUGAGGAGCCAAUCGUAACCUUUAUUGGAGUAGGCGUUGUCAUCAGCGGUCUAGUGUUUUUCUACGCUCUUGUGAGACCAGCACAUGCACCAGUAUUCCUGCAACGUAUAAAUGACUGUACGACAAAGUUUACGUGCCGACUUCUGCAUAGCCGACCAGACUUGAAAAAGGAUAUCCCUGAAACGAUGGUCAAUACUGAUGAAGUUGGAGCUGAAGCUGAAGCUUCCACUCGUGACGAAUCGAGUGGCAAGUCGGAGGAGAUAUUCUCACCGCAGUCGCGUCAUAGCAGUUAACCUUCUUUAGUCGUUGUUGGUUAUUGCUCUGGUGAGCAUGUUUGUUGAGUUGUUGUUCCCUUCAAAGUCUAUUUCUAAAGGCUGACUUCCAGUGGUUAAAGGCAGUGGCUCGGCAAAUCUCAGCCUAGUCAAAUUUUCGCUUACCUGAGGUUAUUCAAUACGCUGAUUCCGA